CCUUCAAUUACGUCAUUAUCUUUUGGGAGUAGCUAGAAGAGCCUCGCAAGUAGUGAAAGCAGGGAAAUACAGAAUAUCUGAGCGAUCAGUUUGGGUGAGCGCACAGUAUGUCAAUAGCAAUGGUAUCACGUCGUUUUGAUGACUGUGGUGUUACGUAUAACAAGGUAAGAAAGAGUCUGUUUAAAGGAACGGUUUAAGGUCACGAUGAUUCAUAAGUUAGUUAAAAUAACAUUACGUGUUGCAGAAAUAGUCAGCUCAGAUUAACGUGGGUCCGAGAAGGGGGAACUGAACAAGUCUUUCAACCGGCAUGCAUCAAAAACCUGGUUCUUCCAUGUUACCGACAAAUUCUAUAUCGAAUGUUAACAUUUCUAAUAUUUUUAAUACAUGUAGCAGUGGACGAGAACACCAAAAAUUUGAUGACACGAUCAGUGACUCUGCUGUAAGUAUUGCCCAAGCCAAGCCCAGCCAAGCAAAUUCUGGCCGUUACAAGACCGAGAUGUGCCGACCAUUCGAAGAAAGUGGAACGUGUAAGUAUGGCGACAAGUGCCAAUUCGCCCAUGGAAUGCACGAGCUCCGCACUUUAACCCGACACAAAAAAUACAAAACGGAGUUGUGUCGUACAUUUCACACCACAGGGUUGUGCCCCUAUGGAUCCAGGUGCCAUUUUAUUCAUUAUAGCGAAGAAGCAAGAAAGACUUUGAUCUGUAAUCUCCAAGUCGGCUUACAAACAGUAAGACAUCAAGAAAACUUUAUUCCCACAAGACCAAAGGCCUUGUCCCUAUGUAGCUUCAGCCUAGGUUCGGCCGGAGAUCUCUCUCCUAUGUCUAGUGUGACCGGAAGUCCUACAUCUCUGAAUAUCUUUUUCAACGACGAUACUUAUGGAAAAUGUUCUCCGACACCGCCGGUUUGCUCGUUUUCUCAGGAUUUUACGAAAGAUCCAGCUCACAACUUGCUGGCCUAUGGAGGAUCUCAACCUGUCGUAUUUACAUUCAAAGGCUUAACGAACACCAGCGGAGAAUUGGUGGACUCCUACGUUAAAAAUAAAGUCUAUCCUACAGGCCCUACUGCUCCCCUUUCUCCAGUGGAUUCUCUAACCUCCGAGUUUGAUAGGUUGAGUGUAUCCGAGGGUUUCGAAACAGCAACUUUCAGUUCCCUUCAUGACGUCAGCCAUGGUCUUCCACGUCUGCCUAUUUUCAGCCGAUUGGCGAGCUUCGAUUGAACUUGAUUUGAGACUACCACGCGAACUUGUGGUCCAACUCAAAUUUGGCUUUAGUUUACCUUGAAGGUCUGAAGUCCCUUUUUUAAACAUAAUUUCCAUACUGUUAUCAAAAAAUUUGACCAUAUGCCAGUCUGAUUUUAACUGUUCCUGUUAGGCUCAAAUACCUACAUAAUUCGCCAAGCUUUCCUUGUCAAUAUAUAUUUAUUUUAAUAUCAUUGUAAACUAAGCCGUUGUUUUUCAGUUGUCAACAACAAACCAAGAGAUGAGUGUUUAGUUGAGUAUGUAUUCUGUCUUUUUCAUCUAUACACGUAGACAAUUAAGUUAUAAUUCUACUUCUGUUGUUCUAUCCUCCGAGGCAAAUAUUUUUAUUAAUUUCAAAGUUUUAUGUUAUGAUUUAAAAUGGGGACAAAACAACGUCUCUUUAUAUUUUGUAUUUAAGUAAUUUAUUUGUUUUAAAAUUGCCUAAGGUAAGACUAAAAAAAGUUUAUGAACGUAUUCAAGUUUGUGAAUGAUAUUCUGAUUUUUAUGCGAAACUUUAAACUUCUGUUAAGUUUGAGUAAAGGCUUAUAUUGCCAAAGACUUCGCUGAUAGUGAUAGUAGUAAUACUAUGUAAGUUUAUAGUAAUUUCACCCUCAUCGCAGUCCAAAGUUUAAUAAGUUUUUUUUUAUAUAUAUAUUUACGUCCUGGUGUUCGUCUUAAUGCCGUGUGUGAUUCGCACAAUUAAAUUUUAAGGUCACAAAAAGAGAGUAAAUGGUUUAAGUAAUGGUUCAUUAUGAUGUGCCUUAAAUCGUAGAGUUCAAAUCAUUCAUAAUUGGUUACGUGGACCAAUCAGAAUUUAUUUAAUAUUUUAUUGAUGUUCAUGCAAGUGUAAAUCUAUGUAAAAAAUAAUAAAAGUUUU